AUGAAAAACACACUAUGUCUUUAUACCGACCUUUGUAUAGAACACAGACGUUAUGACUUCAAGAAUUACAUAAUCAUCCUUGAUAAUCAUCAGUCUCACUCUGACUUCCCUUUUUAUGCAUUGGAAAGGCGAACGAAAUAUGUGUUCUACGCUAUUUUAAGGUAUGGUUUAUUUUACAUUUAGUCAUGUUACAUGGACUGGGACAUUUGAUUUGUAACCAAGUAAAUAGUUAACUGAAUGCCGCUAUCGUUAUAGCGUCUUAAACUAAUCUGACAUUGAACAGACCAAACAGGAAUUCAUCAAUUUUGUGUUUGGAAGUUAAAGUAACUUAUAUAGGCUACAAUAAAUAUAUGUGCCUCAAAUACAAAAGAAUUUAGUUUAACAGCUGAGCGUUGUUGUAAUAGACAGCACUUUCGGGUCGCACGGUUUCCGCCUCGUAAAUAAAUCCAGUUUUAUUUAUUCAAGCUUGCACUGUACUUAAGUCGUGACUAUCCCCAACACAAAACUGAAAGAGAUUUUUAAAGUGAGCGCGCAAGAUGUCUACUCGUUGCUCAGGCGUACACUCGUGCUUCGAGAUCAUGCAAUCAUCAUUCAUGAUGUAAAGUCUAUUACAGUCGAUUCCUCCUGAUGAGAGGAAAGCAAAGUUAUUUUCAUGCGAGAAAUUUAGAUCAUUUUAUUUGAAAUUAUUAAACUGCAAAGUUUAUGCGGGAUAAAAGGCGGUUUAGUUUUCAUAAUAUUGUAAGACGUUUUGCGAAGCGUUUGCGACUUAAUAGUGCCUAAGGUUUACAUUACGUAUCUGUUUUGGGGGAUAUUGAAAAUUUUGUCAUUGAAAGCGAUAUUUUUAGGGUUUUUUUUUAAUUUCAAAAAUAUUCUUAAUAAAGUAUUGUGUCAACAUGACAACUACUUCAAAUACUAUGCAUGUUACUAUGAUAUAUUGAUUUUGCGAGCAAGGUGAUCGAGGGGUUACUGCUUGCAUGUAUUUCUACUUUCUAGUAUCAGUCUAAACAAACUGUGGUUGAAAGUCUUAAUUUUCGAAUUUUCGAGAAUAUUCCAAAGUAAACGUGUGACUUGGCAUGUGUUUACCCUUUCAUGCAGCUGCGUUAUAAUUGACAUUCGCUUCAGGUUAUAAAAGUCUUGUUUCACGAUCUACGAGUUAGCAAUUUUCCUGACAAAACGACACUUUUGAGACCUAGUUUUGCUUUAUACCGUAUAGUGUAAUAAAUAAUGCAAUGCCUUUCAGAUAUUAGAGAUCAGAACUGCUAACGUAUUUUCCGACACAGCGAAAAAUAAUUAAGUUGCCGUCAGCUCUUAUCAGCAUGGUUUGUCAUAGCGCAGUAAGAAUUCACGCCUUGGUCGUAUAGAUAUUCUGCGAUUCUUCGUGGCUUCACAUUAUGAGCUAAAUGCUCAAUAAUGUGAACAUGGAUGCAGGGGCGAAACUAUCCCCUUUUAAUUAGGGGGUGUUUGCUAGAAUUGCCCUGCGAAAGCCGAUGAUGCCCUGCAGCAAAAAAAAUUUUGGCCACUAUUUCUCCCAAAAAUGUUGGCGAGCGGGGGGCGAGGUCGAAAAUUUUUUUUCCGGACAUUCAAAAAAGGGGCGAAAAAAUUUUUCCGGACAUAAACCAAUUAAAUUAUGGGUCAAAAAAUUUUGGGGGGACAAAUUCCUGUUAAAACAUGCAUGAAACAAUUUACCAAUAUCUGUAAAAAUUUUUUUUACCAAUAUCUGUAACAUUUAGGUCUAUAAAUUCUAUUAAAUUCCCUUUGGAAGUCCAGGAAUCUACUUAAUAACUCUACAUUCUAUCAUUUAAAAUCUUUCAUUGCCCUGCCAAUCCAGAUGAUUGAUUUGCCCUGCCAAUCCAGAUGAUUUGUACUUUGGGGGAGGAGGGUGUCGCCCCCCCCCCUCAAGUUUCGCCCCUGCAUGGAUGUAUUAGCAGGUCUAUAGACUAUACCAUAGAAAGAAGCCGACCAAUUCCACAUUUUGUACACCACACAUGAUCCUGUUUCAGAAUUCAAAAAUACAACUGCGAAUCUGUAGGUCUGAUUUAGGGCCAGUUAAGCGCUGUUUCAUCCCGCUUUACCUGGAAAAGAUGUGAGGCGGGAUGAUUUUGAGGAGUCACGGUGCAUGCACGGGUUCAGCAACGCUACAGUAUUUUCUAGUGAUAGAUUAUUGUAUACAAUUGUAAACAAAAGGCAUUUCAAGCAACAAUAAUAAUUCUCUUGAACUAUAUACGAACUUUCGUUUGAAUUUUUGUUUAAAGCCUAGCGCUGGUGAUUUUUUUAAAUACAUCAAAAUUAUCCCGCUUUCAUCUCGUCGCGGCAGCUUUUAAGUGAUCAACGUUUAUAUCGUAAACAAUGUUAUAAUAGUUGUCCCAGUAUUAGCAUAUGUAAUUACACAAAUUAGUCUGUGCCAACAAUUGAGAAAUAUUUCCAUCUGACAAUGAUAUCUUAUCCUAGGCGACCGUUCCACUGUUAA